AUGCUAACUAUAGAGGAUCUAAAAAAACCGCCUCUACCGUGGACGGAUUCGUUUUUCGGCAGGAGUCAAUUACGGUCGGCGUAUUCCUUUCCGGGCAGCUGGAGAGAAAUGGGGAGGCGUGUGGACGCGAAUUUCGUGGAGUUUCUGGGAAACUACCUCCGGGUCCUUCUAUUCUUCCUCGUUUGCGUCAUGUACAAGCGGCCAGUGGCAUGCGCGGGACUGGUGGGCCUGGUGCGGCUGUGGCACGAGCUGAAAAGGUGCAACGCGGCUCUGCGAGUGCACAAGGACAGCUGGCGCCUUCACACUGGCCGAUUCCUGCUGCAGCUAGCCCUGUGGGUGGUGGCAUUCUGCUUCAGAGUUGUGCCGGCUCUCUCACUCGCCCUCAGCCUCUCUCUCUUUGGUACGCCCUCCACCUUGCCUGACUCAAAACGCCCUCCACCUUGCCUGACUCAAAACGCCCUCCACCUUGCCUGA